CUUCGUUUGUAAUUGAUUGGUGGAAAACCGCAGUGUAGUUUGAGCUGGCGGCCAGAGCUAAACUAAGUUUGUUCGAGCAACGCACAUUACUAUAAAAUGUGUACGAAAGCUCUUAACCCGGAAUAUAAAUAUUAACCUAAUCUGUUUUACUAUUUCCUUUGCAUGCAGUUUGGCCCCAUAAAGCCGAGCACCCUGAGACAUGGGCGAGCCGACAACACGCAACUUUGCGACUCUACAAGAGGAGUUGGGCUUCUGGAAGGAGCAGGCAAAUGCACACCAGCAGAGGGCAGAUGAAGCUCAGGAGGAGCUGGAGGAAUUUCAGCAGAUGAGCCGAGACUAUGAAGCAGAGUUGGAAGCCGAGCUGAAGCAGUGUGAAGUUCGGAACAAGGAAUUGUUGCAGGACAACAGCAGGCUCUGUAUGGAACUGGAAAACAUUAAGGAGAAAUUUGAGAGCCACCACACUGAUACUUUUAAGCACAUAUCCACCCUGGAGGAAACUCUGGCAGAGACGACAGCAGUCAAAGAUCACCUGCAGAAAUAUAUAAGAGAGCUAGAACAGUCCAAUGAUGACCUUGAGAGGACCAAAAGGGCUACCAUCAUGUCUCUGGAGGACUUCGAGCAGAGGAUGAACCAUGUCAUUGAGAGGAAUGCUUUUCUUGAGAGUGAGCUGGAUGAGAAGGAGAACCUGCUUGAAUCUGUUCAGAGGCUCAAAGAUGAAGCCAGAGAUCUUCGCCAGGAGCUGGCUGUGCGUCAGAAGGAAAGGCGACCAUCCAGCAGCAUGGGCAAAGACCUGGAUCGACCGGACCUGACGUGCCCCUCCGCUAAUAACCCCCCGACCCCUGUUACCCCCUCCAAGCCUCCCAGCGCGUUCGCCACACCACCUGCAUCCAGCAUCCGGCGAGGUGAUGGUCUAACAGGGACUCCUCUUACAACAUCUGCAAGAAUAUCUGCACUGAACAUUGUUGGGGAACUGCUGAGAAAAGUUGGGAAUCUGGAGUCCAAGCUGGCCUCGUGUCGUGACUUUGUAUAUGACACAUCGAGUACCCGACCAGCGCUGGCAGCUGCCCCUGCUAGUCCUUGUGGGCUAGACGGUGGAGCUGACAUCCAAGCUAGCAGCAUGAGCCCUCCUCCACAGUAUGACAGCUUAGUGAAGCGGCUAGAGUUUGGACCAGCACCUCCACGAGGUGUCUCUCUGGGUGCUCAGUCUCCAAAGGGAGGAGUCAAGAUGCUGCUGUGAGAAACCUGCCCCUCCUAACUUCACCUCGCACCAACUCCCCUUCCACCUCCCAAUACCAUCAGAACUUUGAACAUUGAGCUUAUUGAACCUGAAACCCACUUUCUUUGCUCCCUUCUCCACAUGUGUGGAAUUCAGCUGCCUCAGAUUCACCUGUAUCACACCAUAUCAUGGGAUGUGGCACAACGUUUAUGCGUAACAUCCACCUUCACUCAUGUCCAUGAGUGAGGAGCUUGAAAACAUCACUGUAUUGACUUACUGCCUGGCUGUGAUGAUCACUCCCAUGUAACAAAUAUUCCAGACAUGUAAGUGACCCUAAUUUCAGGACCAUUAAAUGAUCUAAAUUAACAACACUAGGUUGUUGUUUGAGUACAAACCAAAGCUGUGAUGAGGGAAAUACAUUUAUAUUUUUUCAAUAAUGCAUUUUUUUUUAAAUUCUUUGAUUAAUUAAAUGGAUUAAUCAAUUUAUUUAAUUCAAUUAAUCAAUUAAUUUUCAUGUAUCUGAUGUAGGGCUGGGUGAUAUGGCAGAAAAAAACCUUUUUUUUCAUACCUUUCGAUCAUCACAAUUUUAUUUUUAAAACUUUUUUUAAAGAGUCCAUUUUUAAAGCAUCUGUACUCAAAACUAAAGCUAGAGAUUAGUUCAUUUUAUAAACUCCUUUUAACACUCCUCAGUCAAUAUUUAGAACUGUAACCCCAACAUGAUAUUGGCAUACUAAGCAGAUAAACAGUUUUCACACAACAGUGCAACGAAUGUUGAACAAUAUAAACAGACUAACAAGCUUUACAAAGAUUUACAAACCACCUGAAUCAUGAUCACACGAUUGAUUGGUUGCUUUGGUCUGGCGACCUCACCGCUAGCAGUGGCUAACUGCUAAUGCUACUUGUGCUGGCAGCAGUGAUCGGAAGGUAUGUAUUGAAUGCACUUGCGUUUUUAGGCUUUCCGCAGAAUCACCUGGGUGGUUUUUGUCCAGUCUCUUCCUUAUUGUUGUCAUGAACACUGACCUUAACUGUGGUGGUACUUUUUCAAAUUAAUAAGCAAAGUGUUGCCCGUUUUUGAAGGCAUCGACAAAGUGCCGUGAAAACGUAUUUGCUUCCUUCUCAAAUUCUCAUGUUUGCAGUUCCCCCACUUUAAGAUCAUCAGACAAAUAUAACCCAAGUGAACUUAAAAUACUGUUUUUUUUUUUAUUAUUUCGUUUAUUAAAUAACAAUUCAGUUACCUGGCCCUGUGUGGAAAAAGUAAUUUCCCUCCUUGUUAAAUCAUGACUUAAUUGUGGUUAAUUACAAUUUCUGGUCAAUUUUCACAUCUCACACCUAAGCCUGAUUCCUUGCAGACCUGUUCAAUCAAGAAAUCACGUAAACAGAAUAUCUCCUGACAAAAUCAAGUCAGACAAAAGAUCUAAAAAAGUUGCAACAAAAUUACAUGAUCCAAACAAUUGACAUCUAUCAAUCUAGAAAGGGUUACAAAGCCAUUUCUAAAGCUUUAGGGUUCCAGUGAACCAUAGGGAGAGGCAUUAUCCUCACAUGGAGAAAACAUCGAACAAUGGUGAACCUUCACAGCAGUGGCUGGCCUACAAAGAUUACCCCAAGAGAACAGCAAUGACUCAUCCAGGAGGACACAAAGGAACUCAGGACAACUUCUAAAGAACUGCAUGUCAGUGUUCAUGACACAACAAUAAGGAAGAGACUGGACAAAAAUGGCAUCCAGGGUAGAGUUCCAAUGCAAAAACCACUGCGCAUCUUUGCAAAAAAACAUCUGAAUGAUUCCCAAGACUUUUGGGAAAAUAUUAAAUGGACUGGCGAGAUGAAAGUUGAGCUUUUAGGAAGGUUUUGUUACACCUGGUUUCAGAAAAAGAACAUCAUACCAACAGUCAAAUGUGGUGGUAGUAUGAUGGUCUUGGGCUGCUUUGCUCCUUAAGGACCUGAACAAAUUGCUGUGAUUGAUGGAGCCAUGAAUUCUGCUCUUUAACACAAAAUCCUUUAGGGGAAUGUUCAGCCAAGUUUUUUUCACCUCAAGCUAAAGGACACUUGGGUUCUGCAGCAGGAUAAUGAUCCAAAACACCAGCAGAUCAACUUCUGAAUGGCUUAAAAAAAACAUGGUUUUGGAGUGGCCUAGUCAAAGUACCGACUUGCAGCUGAUUGAAAUGCAGUGGCAUGACCUUAAAAAGGCCAUUCAUGCUUGAAAACUCUCCAUUUUUGCUGACUUCAAACAAUUAUGCAAGGAAGAUUGAGCCAAAAUAUCUCCACUGAGAUGUGAAAAACUCAUUGCCAGUUAUAGAAAAUGCUUGAUUUCAGUUGUUGCUGAUGAGGAUGGCCCAACCAGUUAUUAGGUUCAGGGGUCCAUUACUUUUUCACACAGGGCCAGGUAACUUUGAAUAGUUUUUUUCUUAAUAAAUGAAAUCACCAUUUAAAAACAGCAUUUUAAGUUCACUUGGGUUAUAUUUGUCUGAUACUUACAUUAGUUUUAUUUUAAAGUGGAGAAACUAUGCAAAACUAUAAGAAUUUGAGAAGGGGGCCAAUACUUUUUCGUGGCACUCUACCUUGCACAUCGGCUAGUUAAUAACAUUGCUCCACUUCGCUUUGGAGACACCGGCACACAACCGAUGUUGCAAACUUGCGGAGUGGCCAGGGUGAAGAGUGGACGACGGUUGAGUCGGACCGGUAGUUUCGUUUUCCCGACUGACUGUUGUCACACACAUUCCUGCCGUGUUAGAUCGAGAAAUACGUGCACAGCUGAUAAUCGAGAUCGACAGGAAAUUCAUCAUGAUCUUUGAUCUCCAUCAUGUAAUUGCCCAGCCCUAAUCUGUUGCGUUGGAGCUUCAUUUGUGGGUUAAUAUAGAAAAAUGUUGCUGCCAGGGGUUGGUUUUAAACCAAUGCUGCCUUCCUCCACAUUAUUAUCUCUUGAUUUGGAGCGACUUUAAUUUUUAUAAGUGCACACACUCUACUGAAUGUAACAAUUGUUCUGUUAAUAACUGUUGACUCAUACGUCGGGACUGGGGAGGGAAAGCGAGCAAUAAUAUAGUUGAUCCGGUUAAUGAGAUUCACUGUUUGUAGUUUGACUAGUGUAUAUUUGAUAACCUUUUUCCUGCCUUUAUUUUUUUAUUUUUUUUUGGGGGGGGGGGGGGGACAAUUGUGAAAUAGGAAUUAGAAGAAAUAACUAUUUUUAAUAUGACUGUUUUCCCCCUUUGAAGCUGUUUCAGGUCAAAGAUUGUGUAUUUUGUUUUGCAUUCAAUUCCUUGUGGCCUUUUAUUAAUUUGAUGUGUUACACCAAACUCUGACCCCUGUUGAACUGCUUCAGUUUGACUUGUGAAAUUACUGAUCUCCACUGAAACAAAAGGAUAUCAUGGUCUUUUUUUGUGCAUAUAGAGCUUUAUUUUUGUGUGCAGGUGGUUCAACAAUUAUUAGAAAGAAAUUGUGCAAUUGUAAACAUCAGUUGAUUACAUAACUGUAUUGAACAGUCGAGAGUGAUUAGCAGUUACAAAUUUUAGAAUACAGACUGAACUGCUGACAGUUGUCAAGAAUGCAGCAAAUUGUACAAGAGGUGACCCUAAACCUUUGGUAACCUUUUAUAUGUAAAAGUAUGGAACAGUGAUCAUACAAAAUCUCAUAGUUGAGUACUAUUUAGGGUACAAAAAGCACACUGGGUGUAGACGACAUCUACAUUUCCAAUCUCAUACAUCAACAGCAGUCACAGGCAAAAAGACAACCGUAGCUGCAGUAGUUCCACAUUUACACAAGGGGACAUACUAUCCAAAUGUGACAUACAGUAUUGGCUCUGCUGGCAGGUUAGCAUGGUAAUUAGUGGCACCUAUUGUAUACAGAAUGUUGCAUUACUAGUCAUUCAGUGGAGCACUAAAUGGAAACAGUAAAUCACACGGGAGUGAUGGCACAAAAGAACCCCCUUGGUUGAUGUUUAGUUUAUCUAUUUGAUU